AUUAUGGAAAUCUGUCCCUUGGAAAGAAUGCGAUAAGACCUUAAUUCUGGUCAGCCUUGUGUAUAAUAUCUUUAUAUUCUGCUAUCAGUAGACAAACCUCUAUGUAACUUUCAUUGCUGAUGUUAAAGUUCAUACACGUCUCAAAUUCGAUUAUACAUUACAAAGUUUAUUUUGUUUAAAUUCCCAGGCGGACAAGAACUCGAAAGAUUCGUCCCGCCGUCAUUAGCCAGCCUUAUCUCUACUGUAGCUUAUGGAAGCUACCCUGUGAAAGUCGAGAAGCUCUUUCACUUCCCCGCGAAAGUGUUUAAAUCUCCACUACCAAGAUGGGAGCCUUCAAGUUACCUUGGGGACUUUCGGGAGCUCUACUGGCAUCUAUAUAUCUUCAUUCUAUAGGUGUCACUGCUAGCCCGUCCAUCAAUGUUGGCUUGCAAACAUCCUUUCCAUCCGCCCCGUAUCUCCUUGAGCUCCUGUAUGUUCAAUUCCCUGGCUGCUGUUCAAGCAAUACUGAUUUAUAUAUAGAGAGACAGCAGCAACUGAAAAUGUUUCCUCGUACUUCCCUCUUCUUGAUCGCAUUGCAGAUGGCUAUUUUGCCAAGGCUUCCACGGAUAGAGACCUAUAUGCCAAAUUUAUACAAAUUCUCAGAGAAGAUGGACAUAUGGAUGCCGAGUCGCUUUCAUCAUACCAGCUUGCAUUAUCCAUGAGAGUUGCCGCACCUCGUAUUGAAGCACAAUUUCAAUAUUACCAUACCGCUGUAGAAGCCUCAGUAAAAAGAGAGGAAGACUCUUCUUGUCCAACGUGGGUUCUCUUUGAUGGGAACCAAUAUUGUUCACCAACAUUAAAUGAGCCCCAUGGAAAAGUAAACGGACCUUCGUGAGUUUUGAAUGGUUGAUUGAAAGCGUCAAUAUGCUAAUCAUUAGCCUGCAGACAAACGAAAGAACUACCAUUUGAUUAUGUUCUUGGGAAUCCUAACGGACCUCAUUCUAUAUUAUAUGCUGAUAUAACAUCUCCAGCAUUUGGUCAUUUCCACAAGACUUUGGUGAAAACUGCCCGUGAAGGCAAAACAUCUUAUCGUCUCCGUCAUAGGCGAGCCCUUGAUUCUGGCUCGAAUAAACCUCUAAUGAUUCCGGGUUACGGUGUAGAACUCGCUCUCAAAAGAACCGAUUAUAUCGUGAUUGACGACCGCAAGGAUGAUGAUGAAGAGGCACCAAAAUCCAAAACCGAGACCAAAGUCAAGUUUGAAGAUGAGGAGGUGGCGGACCUAAAGCCCCUCUCUACCUCAGAGCUCUCUUCUCUUGGAUUGAAGGCAUCUAGUUUCAUUAUGCAGAGUGAAAACCCAUUUGAUACACUCAUCAAGCUUUCACAAGAUUUUCCAAAACAUUCUAGUGCUAUUGCUUCAUAUAAUGUUUCUUCUGACUUUCUUGCGGAGCACAAUUACAACCGUGGAAAACUCGUCCCUGCGGGCUUCAACGUAUGGUGGGUAAAUGGCGUACAGAUGAUUGAGCGUCAAAUUGAUGCUAUAACCAUGCUCGAUAUUAUGCGGAAGGAAAGAAAAUUGAUUAAUGGUGUUAGCGAGCUUGGUUUGACAGGACCUGAAGCUGUCCAUUUACUUUCCCACUCUAACAUUUCUGAAGCGAAAAGUGAUGGAGACGUUCAGAGAUUUGAUUGGAGAGAUGAAAUCGAGGGUGGGAGGGUUAUCAUUUGGUUGAAUGAUAUCGAGAAGGACAAACGCUAUGCAGAAUUUCCUGCAACACUUGGUGCUUUACUUCAAAGAACGUAUCCUGGCCAGCUACCCUCAGUCCGAAAGGAAAUUUUCAAUCUAGUUGUACCGGUGGAUUUUAGCACGUUAGAGGAUAUCGCUCUCGUAGCCGAGACUUUAGCAAGCUUCGUCAAGCGAAAGUUGGUCCUCCAUAUUGGGCUUGUUCCAAUCACAACGUCUCCAACCGCUACAGAGCAAGCACGAAUCUUGUAUUAUCUUUUAGAUGCCUACGGACUAUCUGGAGCUAUUGCUUAUCUUGAAGCUUCCGUCUCGAAUGGAGUUGCCAGUCCUACCGAAAAGGCUUUCGAGGCCGCUAUUGAGGGUCGCGAGGUUCGAGCUGAAAAAGUAGCAAUUACCCUGCAAGAUUUAUUGAAAUCAGAUUAUUACAAUGAUCGGAUCGACGCCUCCAACCGCUGGACCACAAGACUAUCCGCAAAUGGCGAAUUUCCACCGAUAUUUGUGGAUGGUGUUGCACUUCCUAGAGAUGAGAAUUGGUUGCAAGCAAUGGUUCAACGUCUCACUGUAGACUUGCAGGUUAUUCAACAGGGAGUAUUCAACGAAAUAUUUACUCAGGAUUCCUACAUUCCAGAUUUCUUCCUCUCUGAAGCAACAUCACGAAGGAACGCCCUUAUCAUCCCAGAAAGUGAUAAAAAUAUCAAAAUAAUUGAUAUGACCACUAUCUCAAAACAUCAUGAUGAUGUGUUAUCCAAAUUGCCCAAGGUUGGAGCAAAUUCGGCAUGGUCUAAGGAAGAUUGGGCUCACAUGGUUUUGGUAGCAGACCUAUCGUCCAUUGCGGGUAUGGAUCUCCUCUUAUCUGCGGCUAAGUUCAGGGAGUCCACUUCGCCUCUUGAGAUUACUAUCAUACAUAAUCCUUCUAGUGAUAAGGAGACAUCUGAUUUUAGCACCCGAUUGUUUUCACAUAUCCAAAAAAGGUCCGAUGAACCAUUUGUGGACGCGCAGGAUUUACCUACUUUGGCAAACCAGGAUGGGCUUGAAUUCGAUGACACGACUAAAGACUCUGCAAAGACCUACUGGAAGCUCGCGAGUCCAUUGAUUCGAUCCGCGGGUUUAUUGCCAGGUGAAAGUGGCAUACUGCUCAAUGGAAGGCUUGUUGGACCAAUACCGGCUGGUUCCGAACUGAACCAAGAAGAUUUUGAGCAGUUGAUCUCAUAUGAACGUGCGAAACGGAUAACUCCCGUCUUUGCUGCGAUGAAAGCUCUCGGCUUAUCAGAAAAAAUUACGGAUCCUUUAGCUGGUGCGAAGAUUUCUUCAAUGGUGGCGCUGGCAUCUGUAUCAGAUACACCUGAUGGUAUAUUUGAGCAGGCGCCAACCACAAGAGUAAAUGCAUUUGAUGUUUGGAACUCUUCUUAUACAUCCAUUGAAGCCGGAGACUCAUCAACUGCAACUAUACACAUGACAGUCGCUAUUGAUCCGGCCAGUGAGCAGGGACAAAAAUGGGUACCAAUUGUAAAGGCCAUUUCCGAGCUUGAAGGAGUAUAUCUUAAGAUUUUUUUGAAUCCAAAAGAACUUCUUCAGGAACUUCCAGUCAAAAGAUUUUAUAGAUAUGUUCUAGAGUCAAAGCCUACUUUCAAUGAUGAUGGGGCUUUAAUUACCCCUGGUGCCUCGUUCACCGGCGUGCCACAGGAAGCGUUGUUAACUGUCAAAUUGGAUAUACCACCGGCUUGGCUAGUUGCCCCAAAAGACUCAAUACAUGAUCCAGAUAACAUCAAACUCAGCUCUAUUAAGUCUGAUGUAGAUGCUUUAUAUGAGCUUGAGCAUAUUCUUAUCGAAGGUCACUCACGCGAGAUGCCAUCUGGCAGUCCUCCUCGCGGAGCACAACUUAUUCUAGGAACUGAGAAAGACCCACAUUUUGCUGAUACCAUCAUCAUGUCUAAUCUAGGGUAUUUCCAGUUUAAAGCAAAUCCUGGAUUUUACAAGAUUGAUCUCCAGAACGGAAGGAGCUCAGAAAUUUUCAAAAUAGACAGCAUAGGCUCAAAAGGAUGGGCUCCUGUGCCUGGUGAUGAGUCCACUGAGGUUGUUCUAAUGAGCUUUCAGGGAGCUACUUUAUAUCCCCGUCUUUCCCGCAAGUCUGGUAUGGAGGAUGAAGAUGUGCUCGAGGCUAAGGUUGAGUCGGCUAUGGAUUUUGUAUCUCGCGGACUUAACUUUGCUCAAGGUAUCUUGGGUAGCAAGACGAAAGCUACUGCUGCAGUGGAAGAGCAGGCCGAGAUCAAUAUCUUCUCUGUUGCUAGUGGCCAUCUUUAUGAGCGUAUGCUGAACAUCAUGAUGGUCAGUGUCAUGAAGAACACAGAGCAUACAGUCAAAUUCUGGUUCAUUGAACAAUUUCUAUCUCCAUCUUUCAAAGAUUUCAUUCCUCAUCUCGCCGCUGAAUAUGGUUUUAAGUACGAGAUGGUAACAUAUAAAUGGCCUCAUUGGCUCCGAGGGCAAACAGAAAAGCAGCGUGAAAUCUGGGGUUAUAAGAUUCUCUUUUUGGAUGUCCUUUUCCCGUUAUCACUCGAUAAGGUCAUCUUUGUGGACGCCGAUCAAAUCGUUCGUACAGAUAUGAUUGAACUCGUAAAUCAUGACCUCCAAGGUGCACCUUACGGCUUCACUCCCAUGUGCGAUAGCCGCACUGAAAUGGAAGGUUUCCGCUUUUGGAAGCAAGGUUAUUGGAAGAAAUUCCUUCGCGGCCUACCCUACCAUAUCAGUGCCCUCUACGUUGUAGAUCUUCGCCGCUUCCGCCAAAUUGCCGCAGGGGACCGUCUUCGUCAACAAUAUCAAUCUCUUUCCGCAGACCCAAAUAGUUUGUCAAACUUAGAUCAAGAUUUACCAAAUCAUAUGCAACAGGUUCUUCCUAUUCAUAGUUUGCCACAAGAAUGGCUCUGGUGCGAGACUUGGUGUAGUGAUGAAAGCCUCAAAGAAGCGAGAACGAUUGAUUUGUGUAAUAAUCCGUUGACAAAAGAACCUAAAUUGGAUAGGGCGAGAAGACAGGUUCCGGAGUGGACGAUGUAUGAUGAUGAGAUUGCGGCAGUGGAUCGGAAGAGGAAGGGAAUUAAUGGAAGCGGAAGUGGAAAUGAAGUUGGGGAUGGUAAAAAUACUAAAAGUAGAACUUUGGAAGGGGUGGUUGAUACAAAGACUAAGAAAGAUGAGUUAUAGAUGAGUGAUGAUUAUAGUGUGGAUAAUUGUAUGCAUGUAGAAUAUCAUUUGAAUUGUCCUGGUAAAUUUUGUGUUUUGUUCCUUGCUUUCUGGC